GCUACAUUGUGAUCUUUGUUGUUACGUGUAUAAAGUUAUGGGCUUCCCCUGUCUGACUCUGCUGACUCCCACUCACAUGUGACUGACCUGUCAUGUGGGCGGGGGAUCAGAGGAGCGGCAGGACAGGACUGGAAGCAGAUGGAGUUCGGGGAGCGUAAUGGUUAGUUGGAGGUUUGGCGGGACUACAUCUGUGAUUUUACACAAAGAUGACUCAGACAAACAUCAGCUAUGUUACCAGCAAAGUCCCGGGCGUUGAACCGUGUUCCAGGGAUGAUGAUAACAAACUGGGAGCAUAUCUGUCUUACAUUUACUACUUCAUGUUUGUCUUCAGUGUUUUCACCAACCUGCUGGUUCUGGUUAUCAUCCACCGGUUUGAGAAGCUGUACACUGUGGUCAACAUCUUGCUGGUCAACCUGGUGGCGUCCUCCCUGAUCUUAAUGAGCAGCCUUCCCAUUGUGGCCGCCUACAUGCAGAUGUCUGACUGGAUUUUUGGCUCAGCUAUGUGCAAGAUCGUCUUCAGUGCCUACUACCUGGGUUUUUACAGUUCUGUUUUCUUUAUAACUCUGCUAACAUUUGACCGUUACCUUGCUUUUGUACAUUUUAUGCCAGUAGUACAUGUAAGGAGCCGACGCAAUGCUAUCAUAUCUUGUGCAGUGGUGUGGGUGAUCAGUGGUUUGGCUUGCAUUAGGCCCAUGAUCCUCCAUGGCACCUAUAAACAUUUCGGCACUAUGUUCUGUGAGGAAUUUGCUUACAUUGAUGGUUUGAAUGUAGAAAUGCUCAAAAGAUCUGGGUUUUAUAUUCAGCUUUUUGUCUUCUUGAUCCUCCCUCUGGCUAUUAUCAUAUUUUGUUAUGCUAGGAUUGUGGUCACCAUCAAAAAGUCCCGAUCAGCUUCUAAAUUCCAUGCAGUCAGGAUGAUAUUUAUGAUCGUAGUGUUGUUCUUCAUCUGCUGGAUCCCUUUUAACAUUGUAGAACUCCUGCAUUAUGAAUUAGAGUCUCUUUUGAGCUGUGAAGCUAAAAAGAAACUCGGUUACGCUCUUCAUGUCACCCGCAACAUGGCGUACAUUUACUUCUGCAUCAGUCCAAUGUUUUAUACAUUUGUAGGAAAGAAAUUCCAGAACCAUUUUAAAAAGCUGCUGGUGAAAUGUUUCCCAAGCUUACGGGAUCGUAUUUCUUUUAACACAGACUUUACAACAACACACACUUCAAGAACUGAACAUAGUCUUAAGAAGUGAGUUUAUCUCUGUGAGUUUGUCGUCAUUCACCCUGAGUCAAACCAAAUUCAGUACCUUGAAAUUACAUUCAUGCUUUUUAAACUUCAGGCCAUCUUUUCAUGCUACAACCACAACCCUCACUCUGACCUAAUGUAUUGUCAUCAUACUGAAAAUUAUUUGAGGAUAUUGAUACUAUGCUCAUGAGUGUGAUAGAUUCAAGUAUCGAGCAGCUAAACCUACAGAUGGUGCCUUUUGAAUCGUUUCAUUCUGUUGUUUCAGUAGACCUUGAGUUGGUAUUUCUGUUCUGGUAAAGCUGAAAGGACACUCUUUACCUUAGGCGAGCCAGUGACAGUUUUCUGUUUUUUUUUUUUUUUUUUUUUUUUUCCAAGUCUU